AUGAUUCUACCAGAAUUAUUUGAUCGAAUUCGUUCUGAUAAAUCAUUAAAUCAUUCUCAUUUUCAAACUGGAUUUCGUCCAUUUGUUUUAUCAAAAACUACUUCUCAUUUUAAUAAAAAUUCGUCAUCUGAUUCAUUUUCUAAUCGAUUAUCAAGAAAAUCCUCAUAUCAAUCGAAUGAUAAUGAAUUUGUCUCUAGAAGUUCAAUAAGAGCAAGUCAAUCAAUACGUGUUACACGUAUGCUUGUUAUUGUUUCAACUUGUUUUCUUAUACUUAAUGCUCCAGCACAUUUAUGUGUUAUUGCACUUAAAAUUUAUACUAGCAUUGAUGUACCAGUAUUCAAUGAACGAAAUUAUACUAAUCUUUAUUACCCAACGAAAAAUUUAACAAUUUUUGAAAUAGCAAAUUUUGUUUGGAAUAAUGAUAUUGAUAAGCAAACAAAUAAUGAAACAUUAUUAUCUUCAUUCCAACAUGAAGUAAUAGUUGAAGAUCAAAUGGCAAUACAUUUAUUUUAUAUGGCAACUUUAUUAACACAAUCAAUAUCAUUUGCAUCUUAUUCAAUAAAUUUUUUUCUUUAUUCGUUCAGUGGAGUUGCUUUUCGAACAAGUCUUAAACAGUUCAUUAAUACAUUUCGAAAACAAUAA